AUGUACCUUUUGACCCUCGGUAGAGACAUGUUCUUCACGUACUACGUCUCCGAUUUCAGUCGCACAUGGGACUUCCUAUACAACUAUCUAGACCCAAGAUCCGCGCCCAAAUAUCUUGCUUUGAGCAUCGAGGCGGUCAGUCUCGCUUUCUUGUCCCAUCAGGUUUCUUCUGAGACUGCAAGAGAUCUAGGACGCAGAAAGUACUGUCAAGCACUACGGGAGAUCAACAUCGCCCUACAAGAUCCCACGACAGCAAAAGCGGCAUCCACUUUCGAAGGCGCGCUGCUGCUGGAUCUCUUUGAGAAGAUCAUGAAGUCGGCCUUGGAGAUCAACACAUCAGGACACGCCCAUAUCGAGGGCGCUCUUACAUUGGUUAAACUGCGAGGUGUAGAGUCGUUCAAGGAAGGCACUGAGAUGCGGGCGUUGAUGGGACUUUCCCUGAACGCGACGAUAUGCUCAUUGAGCACCGGGCGAGUGGUGGACCCGUCUAUACGACAAAUACGAGUACACGCAGCACAAUUCGUCAAUACUGACUAUCCGAAGUGGAAGCUCAGCGGAUUGAUGCUUGACAUAACCGAUCUAGCCGCAGAGAUGCGCAAGGGCUUUAUGACGGCGGAAGAAAGGAUAACGAAGAGCGAUUACUUUGAUCGAAAGCUCGAGAUUGUUGCACUUGAAGCAAGCCCGGCUUGGACGUAUGAACGCAAAAGUCUGUCCGGCCCUGAUGGUGCAAGACUUGUACCCGCAGGAUUCCCAAGGGUAUAUGACGUCUACCCCGAUCGCAUGAUCACCCAGAUGUGGAACGUGCUUCGCAUAGCACGAAUACUUCUCUGCGAGGAGAUCAUCCAAUCCUGUUCCGAGAGCUGUGAUCCUGAAGUUGCUGCUCAGUGUGAUCGAGCAAAUACUGCCAUCUUGGCUCUCGUCCAAGAGAUUGUCGCAUCGGUUCCUCAGAUGACGGACUGCGACCUCGUCGCAAAGGAUAAGCUGCCUAGUGGAAGCACGGGCAAACAACAUUCACACAGCAUACCGCAUAUCCUCGAUGUCUACAUACUGAUUUUCAGCCUCUACGUUGUUGCUUGGUCAAAAAGCUGUCCACAAACUGCAGUCGAUUGGAGUCUGAAGCACCUGCAGCACAUUGCCGAUCACUUUGCUAUCAAAGAGGCUGCCGUCAUUUUGAAUAUCUUGAGAAAGCAAAAGAGGGAGGAGCGUAUUGAUCCAUGGUAUGUAUGCAUUUCAUUCAUUCGUUCCCAACACUGCGAGAGCAAACAUCUGCGUUUGCACAAAAAGGUCUGGUCUGCAUACCCAAGAGAUAUUAGUCGGGGUUCACGACGAUGGAAGGCCAUGCUAAACACCCCGAAGGAGCGUCUUUCAGAUCCACGAGACGGCGUUUUUACUGAAAAGAACGCCUGUGAUAUCGGAGCCUUUGGAUUUGCCGACAUGGGCGAAAGUAAGGACCUAAUCUUGGAGAUGCUGAAGACACCGGAUUUAGAGAGCUUGUACGCAAAAUUCCAGGAAAAUCGUGGCCCAUGCUGA